AAUCCAAACAAAUUCCAAUCCAAUCAAUACGUUAUGACAGGUUAUGACCAAAAAGUAAAAUAUUAAAUAAUAUAAGAAUUAAGAAAUGACAUUGUUAACAAGGAAAAUUCAAAACAAAUAAUACAGUGUAUUAUUGAUUUAAAAUACAAAAGUCAGAAUUACAAAUUGGAUUAUUUUGUAUAUAUAAAAAUGAUUUAUAGGGUACUAUUGAUGUAAAGUAACAAAUAUUAAUAAUUAUGUCGAACACCGACUCUGUUUGGGCAACAUGUCCAUUAGACAUUCUGAUCACAGUGUUUAAAAAAUUAAACAUAAAAUCAGUAAUUAAUUGUAGAGGUGUGAAUAUAUUUUGGAGAGAUGUAGCUGACUAUUAUUUUGAGCACUUUAAGUUAUGGCCAACAGUGAUCCAGCAUACCAUUGGUGAAGCGACCUUCACUGAAAAGUCUGUACUGGAAUGGAAAGACAAAAUUCUGUCUGCUCAAAGCUGGCAGGAUGUUAGUAAAGCCAGUGUAAGCUUGCGCCAUCGUUACAAACUGAAGGAUCUGGCAGAAAAUAUCUGUGUAUAUAGAGAUAAUCUCAUAGUUACAACUAACGCUGCUGUAACAUAUUAUAACAUAAACAAUUUUGAAGUUAAUAAAACAAUUGCUUUUACACCCCUGUUAGAAUAUAUGUUUGCAAAGAGACAAUUUGCAAACGAGUAUGUUGAUAUAGAAAUUUUACGCAAAUUCGUGAACACAAUGAAUACCGAUCGAGACGUGUUCCAUUACCGGAGAGUAGAUAUGUUGGAAAUGCACCUAGAGAAUCUAGAGAUACGCGGGCAAACGUUAUGCCGACAAGAAUAUGAAUCAUCUGCUGGUUCAGUAUUCAGGUAUCAGGAAACUUCAUCAUUGGUUGUUGAAUUAAAAUUGACGAAUGAAUGUUCGGAAGGAUUUCUUGAACUGACUCUUACCAAUAAAUUAUAUACAGAUCCCUUACAUUCGGAUUCAGUGAGAAAACUAUAUGUCAAAUAUCCUGUUAUAUUUAGAGUCCAUUUGAAUUCAUGUUACUUUAUCUCAAGGAAUGUCCUCUGGAUGUAUACAGCUGUAGUAAAUGGUUGGGAUAAAAAAUGGCUUGCACACUUUUAUGGAUGCGAGAGUUUACACAGUAUACACAUUAACAGGGAGAAUGUGUAUGUUCUAUUAACAAGUGGCAAUGUUCUACUCGUUGACAUGGACUACAAAAGUUUGAUCAAUAUAUUUCGAUUAACUACAUCCCUAUCUUUUAUGGAUCCAACGCCAUUUAUGUUUAAUACAUGCGUCCUUGUAAGAACACCAAAUUCAGUUGACUCUGAAAUUCGCCCAUGCAAAAAAGCAGAUCUUAUGAAAUGCAUGUUUCGGGACAAAGUCACAUGUGUCUUGGAACAUGGCUAUGCUGUACUCAUAGGAUAUGAAGAUUUAAAAAUAGAAAUUUAUCUUCAUAAAAAACUAUUUGAGUCAGAAGUACCCGAGUUAAAGUUCAGUAUAAAAGAUAUGGUCCACGAAGAAAUGAACCCGAAAAUAAGAGCACUUGACAUUUACGAGGACGACAUUGGACAUCAUUUGUUUGUGUCUUCAUAUUAUUAUGUCUAUGAAUUGUUAUUAAGUUUGACGGAGAAGACGUGCGCCGUCGAGAGAAAAGCAGAAGGGUCUGGGAGCGAGCCCGCUUGGAGACUCCGUCGGCGCCGUUCUUGGUAAUAGUAAUCAAAAUCAAAUCAAAAAUAAUUUAUUUAAAGUAGGCUCAGUUUACAAGCACUUUAGACACGUCAGUUGACUAUUGUAAAGAUACUACCACCGCACCGGUUCAGAAGGCAGGUUCUGCUGAGAAGAAACCGACAAGAAACUCAACAGUUGCUCUUUUUUUUUUUAAAUCAUACAGUAUGUAAAUAUAAUUUACAAUUUAUGAUAACAUUACAAUUUCUUAUAGCUUUACUUCCUGUGUGAAGGUGGAAGUUAAUCCAAUGGCCUCCUUUAUCUUUAAAAGGAACUCAUCAAUGGUGUAGUAACCUCGACUAAGUAAAUGUUUUAGUAGCAAAAUAUACUCCAGCGAGACCCUGGUGGACUGACGUAGAGAAUGGUUUCGUUGUAGGUACCAACUAAAAAUGUCUUCACAUUAUGUAUAUACCUUACUACUAACUAUAUUUAUACUGAUUCUACAUACUGUAACUUUAUGUAAUAUACGUUUAAAUAAAUCAUAAUUUAUUUCAAGUUGGCUCAGUUUACAAGCACUUUUGACACGUCAGUUGACUAUUGUAGAGAUAUUACCACCGCAACGGUUCAGAAGGCAGGUUCUGCUGAGAAGAAACCGACAAGAAACUCAACAGUUGCUCUUUUUUUUAAAAAAAUCAUAUAGUAUGUAAAUAUAAUUUACAAUUGAUGACAACAUUACAAUUUCUUAUAGCUUUAUUUAAUACACUUUAUUUGUACACCACAAAAAUAAAAGAAAACAAGCAAAACAGAAACACAAGAAAAAGUAGAAUACAAAAGGCGGCCUUAUCGCUUAGUAGCGAUCUCUUCCAGGCAACCUUAGGCUUAGGAACUUAUUAGGACAACUGUAGGUGGUGUGUACGUAAUAAUAUUGUACAUAUACAUACAUACAAAUAACUACACACUAAUACAUAAACCAUAAUACACAAAUUAUAUAAUAAUUAUAAAUAUCAUAAAAUAAACUAAUAUAUAAAUAUAUCAUUAUGUCGUAUGAUAAAUAUUCUAAUAAAAUAAAAUAUGUAACUAGUGACUAAGAUAAUAUGUCUUAACGGAUUUUUUAAACAUAUCAAGGGAUUUGGAUUUCCGAAUGUCGACUGGGAGUGCAUUCCAUAGCUUAACAGCACGAACAACAAAUGAACACUUAUAAAAUUUACUCCUAUGGAAAGGCAUACACAGAGUAAGAGCACGACAUGUUCUUAGCUCUGAUUGCACUCCCAGAAAUGUGAAUUUCUCCUUAAGAUAAGGAGGAUAUUUUGGAUUAAAGAGCACACAGUACAGAAGAGAAAGUACAUGCAGAUCCCGGCGACGGCGAAUAGGAAGCCACUUGAGUUUCUGACGAAAUUCAGAUAUAUGGUCAUAUUUGCGAAGGCUAAAUAUAAACCGAAUUGCAACAUUUUGAAGUCGCUCAAGUUUAUUAAGAUAGUCCUCAGUCAAACUGGGAUAGCUUGCGUCCGCAUAAUCGAGAACAGAGAGUAGGAGAGAAUUUGCUAACAUAACUUUGGUAGGAAUUGGAAGAAGAGAACGUAGGCGUCGUAACGAACUCAACGUCGCAAACGUCCUCCUACUCAACUCCUUGAUAUGCAUGCACCACGAUAAUUCCUUGUCCAUAACAACUCCAAGGUUUUUAACCGAAUCACAAUACGGUAUCAUGACACCGUUGUAAAUAAUAGGUGGUACGUCGCCCCAAACAACUCUUGAGAUUAGACUAGGACUGCCAAUAAUAAUUGUUUUUGAUUUAAUAGGGUUAACCUUAAGCCCAUACUGUUUGCUUACAUGAUAGCUUUACUUCCUGUGAGAAGGUGGAAGGCUAAUCCAAUGGCCUCCAUGCGCCUUUAUUUUUGAAAGGAACUCAUCAAUGGUGUAGUAACCUCGACUAAGUAAAUGUUUUAGUAGCAAAAUAUACUCCAGCGAGACCCUGGUGGACUGACGUAGAGAAUGGUUUCGUUGUAGGUACCACUUAAAAAUGUCUUCACAUUAUGUAUAUACCUUACUACUAACUAUUUAUACUGAUUCUACAUACUGUAACUUAUGUAAUAUACGUUUAAAUAAAUCAUAAUUAUAUUUUAAUAAUGUUGUUAAUUACUUAAUGAAACAUUAUUUUAAAAAGAGACUACCUACGUUUAUAUAUUACAUACAUUUUCUUAAAAUUGUAUCAUCUUAAUAAAAAAAAUAAUUAUUGCACUCAAAAUAGCAAAUUAAGGGUGUGUUGCUAAAGAUUAAUAUUUUACACGUAGUAGGUUUCGACAACCUCCGUGGCGCAGUAGUAUCCGCGGUGGAUUUACAAGACGGAGGUCCUGGGUUCGAUCCCCAGCUGGGCUGGUUGAGGUUUUCUUAAUUGGUCAAGGUCUGGCUGAUGGGAGGCUUUGGCCGUGGCUAGUUAUCACCUUACCUACAAAGACGUACCGCCAAACGAUUUAGCGUUCCGGUACGAUGUCGUGUAGAAACCGAAAGUGGUGUGGAUGUUCAUCCACCUCCUAAGAAGUUAGCACGCUUCCAUCUUAGAUUGCAUCAUCACUUACCAUAAGGUGAGAUUGUAGUCAAGGGCUAAUUUGUAAAGAAUAAAAAUAAAAAAAUCAAGCCGUUUCUGAAAGAACACUGUCUGAAAUAUGUACCUACUUAUGAUAUUCUUACGUGGCUUGAAUUAAUACAAAUCAGCAGGUAGAACAUAAUAAGGUUUUGAAGUCGGUUGUAUUUUUUUUUAUUAACAUUUUUAUUAUUUUUCCAUUUUUAGUGCAUCAUAAGUACUAAGUACGUGUAAAAAGUAAAGGAGUUCCCCUAAUUAUCCUUUGUCUUUAUCUACAUGCCCCUAAUGACAAUCACAACCUAUCGAUACUACAGCCUUUCUUGAUGAGUACUGUUUACAAACAAAGAAAUUAGAAAUGAAGGUAGAAAACGCAUGUCAUUUCAUAACUUAUUUAUUUUAAAUUAUGUAUGGUUUGUUUUAAACAUGUUAUAUAAAUUAACCAUAUCUAUAUUGUUCUAAGCUUAUUAAUCAAAUUUAUUUUCAUUAAUAUAAGAACAAGUUAAUUAUAAUUAUUAUUAUUCGGUGUGAAAUGACUAGUGAUUUAUACCCUCAUUUUUAAUUUGUUUGUUGGUAAACAGUACUCAUCAAGAAAGGCUGUAGUAUAGGUGGAAAGUUCUCAUCAAUACAUAUUAAUCAAGCCCAAACACAAGGUAACUGGAGGAGUUCCCUCAUUCUGUAUUUUGGCUUCAUCAACAGAUCAAUACGCAUGAUGACAUUUUUUAAAUGGUAUAUAAAUUAGGAGUAUGCUAAUAGUAAAAGCAGUUUUGAAAAAGUAACAGAAUAUCUGCGAUCAUAACUUUCGGAGCUACAGGAAUUUAAAAAGGUUAGAUUUGCGGCGCUGCCGCGGUUCCCUGAAAAACGCCCCAUACAAAAUGGUACGAUUUAAUGACCAUGACAGUCGUUAGAUUUGUAUGGGCGGUCUAACAAAAUUACUAAUAUCUUUUGUAUUUGUGCGUUUAUGUUUAUAGUCAAAUUUGGCUAGAACUCAGAGCCGCAAAGAUAGUUUAGCAAAAAAAGUAGUAGAUAAGAUAAGAAAAAAUAAUCUGUGGAAUGUGGAUAUCGAAUGUAAGAGGGUGGUGGAUUUAUAGAAAUGAAUUUGUUGUAAUUGUAUUUUGAAGUAUAACAUUAAUAUCAGUAAAUAUGUCGCUAAACAACGAUUCUGUUUGGGCAACAUGUUCCCAAGAUAUUCUGGUUAUUGUGUUAAAAAAGUUAGAUAUAGAAUCAGUAGUUAAUUGUACAGAUGUGAAUAUGUUUUGGAGGGAUGUAGUUGAAUAUUAUAUUGAGGUAUUUAUUCAUUCCUAUUUGUACCAAUAUAAAACUAAUAAUACGAAGUUGGAUAUUUUAUAACAAGCCAAGCCAAGUGGCAGGUCGAUUCUCUUUCUACGAUCGCUAACGCUUCGAAAACUAGAAAAAUGUAUGGGAAUGACAGAUCUUGAUCACGUGACCUGUCGAUAGCAAAUGUCAUUCCCAUACAUCUUUCUAGUUUUCGAAGCGUUAGCGAUCGUAGAAAGAGAAUCGACGUGCCACUUGGCUAGGGGGAGCAGCAGUUUCAGAUUUAAUUAUCUUUCGAUUCGCGCGCAAUUCGAAAUUCAAAUAAAUUUUAUUCAAAUGCCGCGUUAUUCUUAUUUCAAAUUUGUUUUUUUUAUAUGAGUUCCUACGUGUUAACACCGUUGCCCAAACAACACUUGACAUUAACCACGUGUGACGAGCCUAACACUGCUUGCAUAAACACAGUCUAUUUUUGGUUCAAUCGUUUAAAUCUUUGCUUUUAAGUACGAGCUUCGCGGUCGGCCGUAACCAUUGUUUAUAUCGAUAAAUUUAAUGCGAUAGUGGAAGCGGAUCCAACUCAUCUCAAUCUACGGCUGAGCUUGCUGCGGACUUUGGAAUUUUUCGUUUUUUUUUUUGUUAGUGAAUUUGAAUUAUUUCAAAAUUAUUGUCUAAACUGAAGCACUUGCGUCUAAUCGGAAAGAUAUAAAAAAGCUAGGUAUUGGUAGGCGUCCACAGAUCCGCAUAGUAGGUAGGUACCUACGUAUCGGACGCUUCGCAUCAAACGGAUUUUAAUAUUCUUUGUAUAGAAAGUCAUACAAGCGCGUCCACUGAUCCGCAUUGUACGGAUUGCAUCGGUUUUAAUCUACCGUAAAAAAUUAAAAAUCCGUUUGAUGCGAUGCGUCCGAUACAUACAACGUGAGUCAGUGGACGCCUGUCCAUAGGUCAUAUUUGAUAGCAAACAAGUAGAUAUCAAGUCAAAAUUGUUAUUUUAGUUUAGUCAAAAUAGACAUUUAAUUUGCCAGAAUUCGCAUAGAGCCGAAAAUUUUGUUGUAUUGUGUUAUCCGUGAGGUAAGAAAUUGAAUACGUGAAAUAAGUCAUUACAAAUUUGCACGUAUGGGACUUAUUUUUUUUUUAGUUUAUAUGUACAACGUCUAAAUUCUAAAACCUAUUUUCUGCUCUAUGCGAAUUUUGGUUACCAAUCACAAUCAUACAAACACAGCUGUAAUUGUCUUUUUUAGUACAACUGUAUUAACAAUUUUCAUCAUUUUUAACCAACUUCCAAAAAGGAAGAGGUUCCUUCUACGUUCGCCUGUAUGUAUGUUUUUUUUUUUAAUUAUGAGCCUUUAACGGUUAAAGGCUCAUAAUUAAAAAUCGGCCUACAGUAGGGCCUGCUUACUGUUUGAUAGUAGGUAUAUUGAUAGUAGGUAGGUAUAUAUAUUAGGAUUUAUUAGGACAUAAAAAUCAAUGAUAAAUAGAUAUUUCUAUCUAGCGAUCGAUAGUUGGUAGCGUCCAACUAUGUUAUCUAAUCCAUCUAUGUCAAUUGAUAAGAAAAUUAAAUUUAGAUUUUUAUUUUUAGAUUUAGAUUAUUAAAUACAAUUUUUUUUUCUAUUUUUGUUAGCAAAAUACCUAAGUGUUGUGACAAAUUACAACUGAGUGCAAACUGCUCACUGAAAGUACCUCCUCCUUCGUACUGUGCGAGUGCGAAUUAAAUACCUGCUGUAUUGUUGAAUGUACUUAUAUGCUGUAUUAAAUAUCUUGCGAAGCUAA